UCUUUUUACCUUUUGACCUUCACGUGAACAUUAUUAACCCUUAUCACUACAUUAAGUGGUCUUAUACGUUUUUAAAGGGAAAAUGGUAAAUGAAUUAUACAAGGGAAUUAUUGGUAAUUGUUUUUCAUAUUUAUAGUAUGUUUAUAUAACAUUUUCUCUCAUUUUUUGUGCAUUUUCCAGUGAUUCUACAAAUAGACUAUAUGUAUAAAAAUGGAAUAUUAUUAACCAUUAUGAUGAUUUUAGGACAAAAUCACAAUGUAAUGAUACUAAAAGAACAGGAUCUUCGUUUCUUUUUUACCAGGAAAAGUAGUGGUGGACCAUCCACAAUUAUUUUCUUUGACGUUGGAAAGUUUUAUACUUCAACUUCAUAAAGAUUCUCAAGAAAACCUUCAUCUUAAACCCUUCUCCGUCUUGUGUAUACUUCCCUCAGAUUCCAUACUUAAAAUUGUACACACAAUUAUAACUAGUUAUCAUUCUAGUUUCUGUGAUAAUGGGUAAUUGCGUAUGCAAAGGCAGUGGUGGUUCAAGAAAGUUAUACGAUAAAGAUGAUUUAUUAAUAAGAGUUGUGACUCCAAACGGCGGCGUCAUGGAGCUUCAUCCUCCAAUCUUCGCCGACUUUAUAACCAACGAAUUUCCCGGCCAUGUCAUCCAUGACACCUUAAGCAUCCGCCACUCAUCUCCGCCGCUUCUACACGGAGAAGAGCUCUUUCCCGGUAACAUAUACUACCUCCUCCCUUUUUCUUCCUCCACAACCUCAACAGCUCAACAACACUACACCGACCAAUUAGCAACGCCGUACAGAAUGUCUUUCGGGAAAACGCCGGUGAAGUCGGCUGCGAGUGGCGGCGGCGGAGGUAGUAGUGGGGUGUGGAAAGUGAGGCUUGUGAUAAGUCCGGAGCAGUUGGCGGAAAUUCUUGCGGAGGAUGUGGAAACAGAAGCGUUUGUGGAAAGUGUGAGAACGGUGGCAAAGUGUGCUGGUCAGGGCGGCGGAGCUAACUGGAGAGCGAAUUCAGACCAGUUAAGCAUUACGAGUAGUUUCAAAGGCCAGUUAAGGUAAACUUUCGAAUAUGUGUAAACUAAAGUUUAUGUAAUUCUUGUAUGUUAAUUAUCUUUAAUUUGUUUCAUGGUUUUAGCAUUUAAAUGAUGUUUAUCACGUUCGUAUUUGUUCGAAGAAUUACCAGUUUAUCAAUGUAAAACAAUUUGACACAUAUACGGCGUUUCAUGUU